AUGGGGCACGCAGCCGCCCUCUCCCUCGGACUGCUGCUGCUGCUCAGCGCCACAGCCUCCUCCCAGGGCCAUCCCGUGAGGAUGCUUCUGGCGGACAGCUCCGCCUCUGCAAGUGCCGACGCCAGCGCUCGUGCUGCAGGAGGCUCAGCUUCAGCGCUGGCCUCUGCUGCGGCGGAGGCCACCGGCAAGUCGGCCUCUGCUGCCGCCCAGGCUGCCGCCACGGCGUCAUCCCUGGGCAGCCAGACUCGCGCGGCAGCGGACGCCUUUGCGCGCGCCUCUGCCGCGCAAGGCGCUUCGGCCGCCGCCCAGGCUGCCGUCCAGGCUCUCUCAAGGGGCUACGCCGAUGCUGUGGCCACCGCCGCCGCGGUUGCGCAUGCCUUCACCAUCCCCUCUGUGGACACCGGCAAGCUGGCGGAGGCUUGGACUCUGGCCCUGGCGGAUGCCCUGUGCCUGUACCCCGUCAACACAGGAGCUGCACUGGCCGUGGCCUUCACUGAUGCGCUGGCGUACGAUGCCGCCACCUGCCAGCAAAGCUGCGAGGCGUCCAAGUUUGCUGUCGCCACCGUGCUGGCGCUGGCGGAAGCGGUGGAGACCUGCGGCUGCGACAGCCCUGCGAUCGCCCUUGCGCAGGCGCUGUCUGAGCUGGGCUCCAGGGACGCCCGCAAGUUCCUGGAAGCCAUCGCUGUGGCUGUCGCCGCCGCCAACAUCAAGCUGCCUGCCUGCCUCUUCCCCAUCUCCUGCGUCUACAUCGCUCCCAUCCUAGUCUCCUACACCUGUGGCGUGCCGGUGGUCACCGCCCUGGCCAAGUGCAACAUCCAGCCGAGGGUCAUCAUCAUCUGUGGCAAGGCGGGCCUGCCCGUCACACCCCAGCAGGCUGCGGCCUCCGCACGCGCUGCUGCCUCGGCGAGUGCCCAGGCUCAGGCCGCGGCCCGGGCGGCCGCCAGUGCCGCUGCGGCAGCCGGCGUGCAAGGCGCGCCUGUGUCUGCAGAGGCAAGUGCUGCCGCCUCGGCGGCGGCAAAGGCAGCCAGCUCCGGUGGCUCUGCCGCGGCGUAUGCCGCUGCAAACGCCGCCAGCCGCGUGAAGGCCGGGCGCAGCUCGGCACAGGCGGAGGCGGAGGCUGCCGCAUCCGCUCAGUCCAACGGGCAGGGCGGCUCCUCCGCCAAGGCGGCUGCGGAUGCCCAGGCUGCCUCUGAGGUCUUCCAGCAGCCAUCCAAGGAGGCGCCCCGCCAGCAGGGCGGCUCUGCUGCGCGCGCGGAGGCUGAUGCUGAGUCCGAGGCGACUGUGGUGUCGCCCCCUGGGCAGCCCUUGAAGCCGCUCCAGCUGGCGGCCCCACAGCAGGCCAGCGCCAGCAACGGCCGUGGGGCCCAGCAGCCCUCCCAGCCCGCCGGCACGUCGUCCAGCCAGGCCAAGUCCAGCGCCACGAGCUCAAUGGACGCCACCUCCUCUCAGCAGGUCAAGCAGGAGGAGGAGCGGGAGGUGGAGGCGGAGAGGGAGGCUGAGACAGGGACACAGUCGGAGGAGGAGGUCAAGGAGGAGGAGGAGGUACAGCAGGAGGAGGAGCAGGAGGCACAGGAGCCCCAGCCCGACUGCGACAAGCUCUGCUCCGUGCUGCUGGCCGGCGGCACCUCAUCAGAGGAAGACCUCCAGAAGCUGCUGCCGCAGCAGUGCGACCCCAAGCCCUGCAUCGACAGGCUGGCCGAGACGCAGGCCCAGGCCUCUGCCAACGGCAACACCAGCCCCUGA